GGAGCUCAGGGCGCAGGGGUGGCGGACGGGGCGCACCCCGGCCGGAUUCGCAUGGACCUCCCGCGGCGCUGGCUCUUCCGGAUGCUCCUGCUCGUCGCCGCCUGCUUUGGGGUCCUCUUCACUCUGUACUCGGUGGGGCGGCGGUUUCAGGAGCCCGGUGCCCGGGCCAGGAACAUCAUAUCACCUCGAGCAUUCCUUGAACUCAAGGCACCGAACCCUGAACACACAAAGUCACAGAGCCAGCUCUGCCGACAUCCGCUUUCCCUGGCCAUUCAGAAGGACCACCACUUCCGGGGUCUGUUCAAUCUCUCCACCCCAGUGCUGCUGUGGGGCGGCCUCUUCACUCAAGACCUCUGGAACAAUCUGAGCCAGCAAAAUGUCCCCUAUGGGUGGCAUGGGCUCUCCCAAAAAGUUAUCAUCUCUACCCUGAGCCUUCUCAACAACUCCGAGAGCGCAGAGCUGUUUGGUGCUUCCAAACCCCUAAGCUGUAUUCGGUGUGCUGUGGUGGGUAACGGAGGCAUUCUGAACGGAUCCCGUCAGGGUCAGAAAAUCGAUGCCCAUGACUACGUGUUCAGGCUCAAUGGAGCAGUGAUCAAAGGUUAUGAGCUGGACGUGGGCACCAAGACCUCCUUCUACGGCUUCACCGUGAACACCAUGAAGAAUUCCCUCAUCGCCUACUCCAACCUGGGCUUCACCUCUGUGCCGCAAGGGAAGGACCUGCGCUACAUCUUCAUCCCCUCCAGUAUCCGUGAAUACCUGAUGCUGAGAGCCGCCAUCCUGGGCGUGCCUGUCCCAGAGGGCCCGGACAAAGGGGACAGGCCUCACACCUAUUUUGGAGCAGAAACCUCCGCCAGGAAAUUCAAGCUCCUGCACCCAGACUUCAUCCGCUACCUGACAGAGAGGUUUUUGAAAUCCAAGUUGAUUAACACACGUUUCAGAGACAUGUAUAUGCCUACUACAGGAGCGCUCAUGCUGCUGACAGCCUUGCACACCUGUGACCAGGUCAGUGCCUACGGAUUCAUCACAAGCAACUACCAGAAAUACUCAGACCACUAUUUCGACCGAAAAAAGAAACCAGUGAUAUUUUACUCAAACCACGAUCUGUCCCUGGAAGCUGUACUGUGGAGGGGUCUGCACAAUGCUGGCAUCCUUCGGCUGUUCCAGCGUUAACCCCAAAGCACCGACUUGUUUCCUAAGUACUUCUCUUGACCUUUCAACCUUUGGAAGAGGCAUCCAUCACUCCCCUUGACCUUCUGCUUCCCCGGAGGAUACCGAGAAAGGACUCACGGCCUGGAAUCACCAGAGGCUGUGCAACGCACAACACCCUCUUGACUCAAGACAACUCUUCUGGGUCUUAGGCAGGAGAGGGCAGACUGCUUUGUAGAAUGUUUUAAAAUUGAACCUACACGCCACCCAAAAUGAGACAGCAACCCUCAACAGCAAAGAGGCUGGUAUUUCAAAGCCAGCACCUGAUCCUGAGCAACUAGGACAUUAAAGGAGCCACUCAGGGUUAUCUGGUAACCAUUAUCAUGCAGAGGCCCACACCUAGCUGAAACCAGUGGCACGUCCCAAAUGCCAUUCAACCUGUGAAGACAUCUUAAGCUUCCUAACAACAGAACUUUUCUGCCUGGCGAAAUGUGGUGGAUGACCAUUUUGCCUUUUUUUUUUUUUUUAUGUUUGUUGGUUUGGAGGGAGGGGUGAAGUACAUACAGCUCAGGACUGUGACAACCUCGAAGGCAGGAGCACCACGGCCCAGGUUUUAAAAGCACAUCCAGCACCAAUGUAUAUGGGAGGUAUUGGCUCUUGACCAACUACACCCAAAUUGCCACUACUGAGAGAAGUCCUACUGGAGAUGUAGCCCUCCUUGUCACCAACAGGACACUACUGAGUGACAGACCCUCAUCCUCACGUCAUUGCUUCAAUAAAACAUCAAUUGAGGCA